AUGUAUAAAAGCCUGUUAAGUUUGUUUAUUAUCGUUACGGAAGUCAAAUUUUCAUUUACGGGACGAAGAGAUAAUCCAGAUCGUAUUGACAUAGUAGAUAUGACGAAGCCUACAACUUGGACUUCUAUGUCACUGUACUAUGGAGCUAUGGAGAAACGUUGGAAAAUGUGCACAAACUGUGGUACUCCUAGCCUUGGUACCGGCAUGCACCUGGAGCAAUCUGAGACCUCAGGAUCUAUGCACCCGGCUGUCAUCCCAUCUGAAUAUUUGUUGAGUAGAUUGACAGUAAUAGACCUAACUGGAAUGACAGCAAUCAACCCUACAAUAGUAUUAACCCUGGAUGUUGCGUUACAAUGGGCGGCACUCAAGCAUGACCCUAGAGAGCCCACCCUCUUGCUAUUUAGGUUUGGAUGGUCGGAGGAAGAAAACAAUAAUAUAAAUAUUAGAACUUGCGCUUGUAAGGUUCCUGGUUUAAGUUACGAACUCGCUGAAUGGAUAGCUGCUAAUCUGAGCCACGUGGUUGGAGUAGCUACUGAUGCCCCCACCUUCGAGUCUGAACAAACGAGGGAGUUCGCAAGCAGAACAGUUUCAAAUGUUCUCGGUAGAAGCGGAAUAUAUAUGAUAGAAAACGUCCAUUUCAGAAGAAAGGUUCCAGAACAAGGAUGCCUAUCACUAGCAAUGCCUCUGAAACUUCUGAACUCAGUAUAUGUUCCCGCACGUCUAACCGCCUUCUGUCCAGCGGUGAACGAAAACAGACAGACAGAUGUGCACGUAGUUAUGGCAUUAAGGAAGGAUAUACACGCGCAGGCCAGGCUACCCAACAGCAGAGUGUAUGACGUCAAUCUGGAUGAGAUACUUAGUUAG